ACGUGGUGGUGCCCCAGGGGGCGAAGCUCGUGUGUUACCUCCAUGGCGACGCAGGGAUCCAGCUCCUGGGCGCCGUCAGCCACACCCAGGCAGGGGGGCAGUCACUGCCCAAACUGGAGGCCCUGGAAAACCUGAUGGAGGCCGCCUCGCCCUCUGCCGCCCAGAGGCUGCGGAGGAGGAAACGGCGCGCAGCGCAGAGCCCUGCCGGGCGCCAGUAUGGCCUGCUGGAGGCUGAAGAGGAGACUUUCCGGGAGGAGGCGGAGGUCUCAGCCACAGCUCAGCCUCCACCCCACCAGCAGCCGCCCCUGGGUGUCGGGGUGCGGGGCACCGUGGUCUCUGCCAUGCAGGAGGUGCUGCGCAGUCGCCUGCAGGAGCUGCCCGAGCUGGCGCUGAGCGAGGAGGUGGUGGGUGGCAUCGCUGCCGGCGUGGAGGCAGCCCUGUUCGACCUGACCCAGGGCACCCAGGGCCGCUACAAGGCCAAGUACCGCAGCCUGCUCUUCAACCUGCGCGACCCCCGGAACCCGGACCUGUUUCUCAAAGUGCUUCAUGGGGACGUCACCCCCCACGACCUGGUGCGGAUGCCGUCCACACAGCUGGCGCCCCAGGAGCUGGCCCGCUGGCGGGACCAGCCGCCUCCUCAGGGCCUGGAGGUCAUCAAGCAGCAGCAGCGGGAGCCUCGCGGCCUUCCGGUGUCCAAGCUGACCCACAAGGGCGAGGUCGAGAUCCUGCGGGACGCCGACCAGACGCUCACCCUGGAGGACCUGGUGGGACCUGAGGUGCCCAUGGCCUGCAGCCCCCUGGCUCUGCCUGCUGUGCCAGGGGACACCACAGAGCAGCAUGAGCGCCACUUCCUGGACCCUGGCUGCCGCAUCUGCACAGACUGGGAGCCCUCGAGGGGGCCGCCCGGCUCCUUCAGAGACACCAGGAGCAGGGAGGACUGCGUCUUCCAGAGAGCCCCAAGCCCAGCUCCCGUGUCCUCGCCAGAGAAGCCUAAAGCCAGGGAGACACCUCUCCCGCAGCCUCAGAUCCAGAUGCCCGCUGAGCCCACCAAGGCUCCGCCCAGCCCGCCGCUCUGGGAGGGCUCCCUGGACAUGUUCUCCAUCAAGCGCUUCCGGGUCAAGGCCCAGCUGGUCUCGGGACACAGCUGCCGGCUGGCCCAGGCCCUGCCCGAGGUGAUCCGCUCAGCAGGCUGCAUCCCGCCCAGUGCUGUCUGGGACCUUCUGGCCAGCAUCUGCCCAGCUGAGGCCAAGGACACUUGUGUGCUCCAGCUGCGCCCGCACGGGGCUCGGGACACCCAGAACUGCCGCCUGCUCUACUCCUACCUCAACAGCAAGCAGCGGCACGGCCUGGCAGCCGUGGGCCACGUGGGCAUGGUCUUGCUGCCCCUGCCCGCCUUCCAGCCGCUGCCCGCCAGACUGCGCCCUCUGGGCGGCCCAGGCCUGGAGCCCACCCACUCGAGCCUGCUGCUGGCCCUGCUGCUGCCCAAGGAACGGCUUCCAGACACCCCAGGGACCAGUCCCUCGUGGGGGAAGGUCCGCAAGAUGGUCUCCUUCAGCGAGAAGGUGGAGAUGAGACACUACGAGCCAGACAGCAAGAGGCCAGAAGUGGCCACGAGGGGCCUCCCUCCCCCAGGGGCCCCAGUGCAGCAGGACCAGGACAAGGGUGGCCUGGCUCCAAGGGGACUUGGUACGUGGCAGCAGCCCCCCAGAGGCCGGGGGAGGCUGUGGGUAGAGUCUGAAACCUGGCAGCACCCCGGGCGAGGGCAGUGGCCCCCAGAAGCAGGCUGGAGCCAGCCCCAGCAUCCCCGUUCGGCAGCACCGGCUUUCCGCGGCAUGGGCCAUGGCCAGCACCUGCACAGGGCCUCCUGUCCCCACCAAGCCCUGCUGCAACACCUCCAGUCUCUGGUGACCAUGAGCCGCCAGCUCCAUGCCUCGUUGUGGCCUGGGGGCCGAGACCCACGCCCCCAGCCCUCUGCAGCAUCUGCCCAGCUCCCUGUGCCCCCGGGGAUGGUCGGCCUGCUCGGCCAGCCCCCCGUAGUACCAACCCCCCCAGCCACCUCAGUGGGCCCUAUAGAUGGAGCUGGUUCAGAGCGCUCCCCCCCUCGAGAGGCCUGACUUUCCUACACACCAGAACUGGCCUGCUGCCUUACCAGUGCUGCCCCCGAGGUCCCAGGGAGAGACGGAUGGAGGGAGGGGACAGUCAGCCCGGCCUGUCCUCCCUGUUUGCGUUUCCUGUUCUGUAGUCUGUCUGGUGUGGACUUUUUGUUCAAUAAAGAUUUUGGCAAAGUUAGGAUCAUAUUGG